ACACCUGUUUUAAUGGUAAGAGUAAUAAUAGUUUAUAAUAUAUAAUAGUUGAUUCCUCAUGUCAGGACUAUCGUAUAUAUGUGAUGAAUAUGGAUCUAACUCAGAAGAUAGCGAUACAGAUAAAGGCCAAGAAUUUGAUAGGCCUAAGUUACCUGCACCUAACUUAAGUAAAGUAGCAGUGGUGGCCUCUCACACACAUACAGACAAUCCAGAGCUUCAUGGUGGCAGGUCACGAUUGUUCCCUCAUGUUAGAGGAAACUGGGCCUCUUUUGUUUAUGUCAACUAUGAUCAAAUUGAUGCUGUUUGUAAUUUAAUUGAUAAAUUGGAAGAAGUUGUGGUAACAAAAAGUGAGUCAUGUCAUCGCUGUGAUGAUUUUCAUAUCAGUUUAUCUAGAACAUUUGUAUUGAAGUAUCAUUUUAUAUCAGCAUUCAGUUCCUCACUUCACAAAUGUCUUGCUAACACUGAAAGUUUUCAUCUUGGUUUUGGUGCAGUGAAAAUAUAUUGUAAUGAAGAUUGCUCAAGAACAUUUAUAUCUCUUGAAGUGGAUCCAUUUGCACAAAAACACUUACAAGAGAUAUCAAAUAAGGUUGAUCAAGUAUUGACAGAAUUUCAGUUGCCCCCAUUUUAUGAGGUGGAAUCCAUCAUUUCAUAUGAGCAUACUGUGGGUCAAUGGAGAUAAGAAGUUUGAACUUGAUAGUAUUCUGGAUGAAUUGAAUGAAAUCUUGUCUCAAGAGGUGGAAAAGUCUCUGCAUGCUGUAUUGGUAGAGACAAUUAAUUGCAAGAGUGGUAAUAAGUACUUUCAGUAUAGGUUGCGUUAAAUA